GCUCAAUUUAAUUCUUCCCUGGUGGUCAAAAUCACCGACGUACUCAAACCGACACAUCCAAAGCGCUUGCUAUGGAAACAACCACGAAAAGGAAGCGUCGGAGGCGGCUAUCAAACAAAAGCAACGGGCCUCGCGAAAAUCCGGCCGGCGAGGAGGCGAAGCGGCAGAAGUUGCUGUCCAAAUCCGCUCAGCCUCAACCAAACCCAAUAAACCUUCCUAAGCUGUGUCCACCGCCAUCAGGCCAAGAGCUAGAUCGACUAAACUAUCACAUUGACCUUCAAGAUUUUGCGAGAGGUCUUCAGCAUGCUGCCAAUGCCGUCUUCGCAGGCGAUCGGCGGUGUAGGUACACUCAUGUCUCUGCACUUCUCCUCUCUUGGGAGGACGAGGACCCUCAGCUUCCUGUCUCUUUAGAGAUCAAUGCUCUCAAGGAUGUGUUUAUUAGCCUGUAUGAUUUCGAUGUCGAAGAAUACCAGAUACCAGCCAUCAAUAGCCAUAUAGAGGUUAAUCUGAGAAUUCUCACGUUUUUAAAGGACAGUAAUGCCAGACAUCUCAAAAUCGUGUAUUAUGCAGGCCAUGGUAAGUUAAGCAAGCAUGGUCAAGCAUUGUGGACCAGCCGCCGAAAUAUUCUCCAGGACAGAUGUCCAACUGUAAAGUGGUCCGGAAUUCAGACCGCUUGUGAGGAGUCACCGUCUGAUGUCUUGAUCCUUCUGGACUGCUGUGCUUCAGGCAUGAGCAAUACUGACGAGGGAAACGGAGUGACUGAAUUGACUGCCGCUUGUGCAUUCAACAACACUGCGAAUGGCGUUGGCCCAUUUUCUUUCACCCAUACACUGAUUUCGCAACUGCGGAAGUCAUUUCGGAUGCCUUCGUUCAACGUCGCAUACUUGUAUAAUCUUAUUUUUACUGCAGUCCAAGGAUGGCAGGUCGAAGACCCAAAAUACAAGAAAGUACCAGUCCACCUUGUACUCACACAAGACUAUCGACUGCCCCGGAGCAUUACCAUUUCCUCGAAGAGAUCUCAAUCAAGCCCUCAACUACAACCUCCGAUCUCAUCAUCAGGGCUUUCAUUACUGAACGCAGCACCUACACCAGAAAGUCUAAACUCGUAUGGAACUCCCGUCACACAAUCAAGCUCGCCCGCGGAUAAGCCAUUCGAAACUGGAGGCGAUAUAAGCCCAUCGAGUAGUAACGAGACAUCACCUAGGACUUCUCCUUCUCAGCUCCCAGAAUACCCAAGACUGCUCUUCAGCAUUCGAAUCAGUGGAGAUAUCAAGCCUAGGCAGUUAUCUACUGAUUUGUUUGCAGAUUGGUUAGGAUCUGUGCCGAUCGCCGCGGAUCGUAUUACGAUAGAGGCUGGCUUUGCUAGCGAUUCUACUCUUCUUAUAAUCUCCAUGCCGAUUGAAUUGUUUGCAUAUCUGCCCAGAGAACCUGCGAUUACUUUGCUUGGGGUUUCUAGAUCCGCCAAUCUAUUCACGAUGGAGAGUGAGAAUUUUCAGACCAUGGCCGCAGCAGAUGCAGGUGCGGUGCAGGAAAUGGCUCUUACUGGCUUCGGUAAAAGUUGUGAUCGUUGUGGGACACUUCGCGUUCAAUGCAAUGCCACUGAAAAAUCUGUUUGCGCCCGCUGUUCUAAGGCAGGUGCAGAGUGUCGCUUUACUGGGGAUUGGAACCUCCCGGAGGUCGCAGUUUUGACGAUACGGGAGCUAGAAAAUAUGUACCACCAGGCCGAACGGGAGAACUCAUGUCUCCAAUCGAGGCUUGAGGAGCUGGAUAAACUGCACCAAUACCGCGAUCUUACUCCCCUAAAAGAGCCAGGCGGAAGUCCGCAACAGAUUAAUGAGAAGUUGUACCCACAGGCAGACAUGACAGGACUCACCUCCACCUCUGUGUGGCGACCCCACCACGUGGGAUCUGCUAAGUAUGAGCAUUUUUCGAUACCUCCUUGGCCGGAGAGUGAGAUAGUGGAGGAAUCAAAGCUUUUUGAAUCUACAGAUUCCUGUGAUGGUUGUCGUGAAGAAGAGGCACCAUGUAUUGCGUAUGGAUAUACCAUAUGCUAUAGAUGCGUCAAGCACAAUCUUGUAUGCUAUCCUCAACUCACAGAGCAUUUUGGUGGUGAUUGGAAUUUGGUCAAGGUAUUCAAAGAGAGUCAUCUAAAUCUCAAGGAGGAAGAACCAAUCAGUCGUCCGAAUGACCCCAAGACUUCUAACAUUCCAGUCAAGAACAAAGGUGAAAACGACCGGCAGAAUCCGUCGCUCCUCAAUGAUACUCUACUGUCGACGCGUACAUCUGUCGGAACCGUCGCACCUCCUAGCACAGUUACACAUACCUCGGUGCCAACCUUACAAACGCCAGCUCCUGUCGACGCCCGUCAACACAGUUACGGCCACCGUCAUUAUGGUCGUUUUUCAACGGCCCGACGGCAUUACUGAGGUGAUUGUCGCUUCUCUCCUCACAACAUCGGUUUCGGGAAAUUUGACGGCGCAUGGACAGGUGUCAGAUAUCGUGGAUCUAGUUUCCUAUUUUGGGUAAAGCUUGCGAUCGGAAUCGCACGAAUCGCAUGGGAUCGCAUUUCCUAUUAAGUAAAGGGCAUGAGUAGCUACUAAUACACCCAACCGGCCGCCAAUUCUCUAUCCACUUCUAUUAUUAUCAUCCGUGGCUUCACCAUUUAUAGCAGUGGAUCCUAUAAGCACUACCGCUACCACAUGA